UCACCCACAGAGAAGUUAUACCAAACCGAAACAACCCAACAAUGGCUUCUCCAACAACAACAACAGAUGAUAACAAAGAGAAAGCACCUGCUAAGAGAGUUGCAGUUGUUGGCGCCGGUGUCAGUGGGCUUGCGGCUGCAUAUAAGUUAAAACUACAUGGAAUAAAUGUCACUGUUUUUGAAGCCGGUGAGAUAGCCGGAGGGAAACUAAGAAGCAUUUCACAAAACGGUUUAAUAUGGGACGAGGGUGCCAAUACUAUGACUGAGAGUGAACCGGAUGUCAGCAGGUUGCUUGAUGAUCUUGGUCUUCGAGAUAAACAACAGUCUCCACUUUCCCAACAUAAGCGAUAUAUUGUAAGAAAUGGAAAACCGGUACUGGUACCUUCUAACCCCAUUGCACUGAUCCAAAGCAGUUUGCUUUCCACUCAAUCAAAGCUUCAAAUACUUUUGGAGCCAUUUUCAUGGAAGAAGAAGAACUCGUCUGAUACACAAGAAAGUGUUGGUGCUUUCUUUCAACGUCAUUUUGGGAAGGAGGUUGUUGAGUAUCUCAUUAAUCCUGUUGUUGCUGGAACAAGCGGUGGAGAUCCGGAGUCACUUUCUAUGCGCUAUUCAUUCCCUGAAUUAUGGGAUUUAGAGAGAAGGUUUGGUUCACUCAUUUCUGGGGCAUUUCAGUCUAUGAUCUCUUCUCGAGGCAGAAAAAAGAGUCCUUCAGGAAGCAGCAAGCGCAGGCGUGGCUCCUUUUCAUUUUUAGGUGGAAUGCAGACACUUACAAAUGCACUGAGCAAAGAAGUUGGACAACAUGAACUUAAUCUUCAAUCCAAGGUGCUUGAAAUGUCCUAUAGCUAUGAUGAUAACACUACUGGGAGUUGGUCGAUCUAUUGUGCUCCAGAUCAGAACAAACAAUUAAAUCAGCAACCUUUUGAUGCUGUGAUCAUGACUGCCCCACUUGGCAAUGUGAAAGAAAUGAAGAUUACAAAGACAGGAAGUCCGUUCCUGCUCAAUUUUAUACCUGAGCUUAGUUAUAUGCCAGUUUCAGUCAUAAUCUCUACAUUCAAGAAAGAGAAUGUGAAGCGGCCCCUUGAGGGAUUUGGAAUGCUUGUUCCUGCCAAGGAGCAGGAAAAUGGUUUGAAGACGUUAGGCACUCUCUUUUCUUCCAUGAUGUUUCCAGAUCGUGCCCCUGAAGACUUGUAUCUUUAUACCACCUUUGUUGGGGGAAGUCGAAACAAAGAACUGGCCAAUGCUUCGAGGGAUGAGUUGAAGCAGAUAGUAACUUCUGACCUCAGACAGUUGCUUGGAGCAGAGGGAGAGCCACAAUUUUUGACUCACUAUUACUGGAGCAAAGCAUAUCCAUUGUACGGGCGUGACUAUGGCUUAGUUAUGGAAGCAAUUGAGAAGAUGGAAAGAGAGCUACCUGGUUACUUUUAUGCGGGUAACCACAAAGGAGGACUUGCAGUUGGAAAAGCAAUAUCCUCUGGAUGCAAAGCAGCCGAAUCUGUGAUUUCAUAUUUGGAUUCAUAUUCCGAUGAGAAGCGUUGCUAGAUGUUGUGUGCAAGACUUUUCAGGUACGUGUACAUCUCAAGAAGUUUUCUUUCAAUCGGGAUUGGAUAAAUAUGGCGAAAAAAUAGUGUGGCUUUUUCCGGUGUCUUUGAAUGUAGUCGAAGGACUAAGCUUUAGUUACUUUUAUAAUGCAAUAAUAAUGGAUCAAAGUGUUGUAGAAAUUGAUCGUUCCGGAUGAUGUUAAACAUUGCAAAAUGUUGUAACAAAACAUGGGGCUCGGGUUUUGCUUAAUUUGCAUCUGUAACAAAGGCUCGCCAUUUUUGAGUAUACUUUUAACUAUCUGUCUCAACCAAAUAGUUUAAAUAAACGUGCUUGAAUUAGUUGUA